CUUCUAAGUGAUGGAACUCCGAUGAGAAUCCACAUGCCUAGAUCUCCUUCCUAUCUCCUACGCCCUCUUCAUUUUCUUGUUUUUACUCUUCUUUGCCCCCUGACUUUUGAGGUUGGCCUCCCAAAUGACUUUACUCACUCAGGAUUUGGUUAGGCGAAAGGCACUGAGGAGGCUAGGUGUUGAACCCUGAUUUCUCUUCUGCAACACAAGGAGAAAGGGGACUAAUGAGUUUGACCUCAUUCUGUCAUAUGAUGAAUCCAUACACCAUUAAGAAACAGCCUUUGUACCAGUUUUUACAAAGACCACUUUUCCCACUACCUGAAACCUUACAUUACACAGUGAGAUACAUGUUUAUUCAAACACAAGAUACUCCAAAUCCCAACAGCUUGAAGUUUAUUCCAGGAAAACCAGUUCUUGAGACAAGGACCAUGGACUUUCCCACACCAGCUACAGCAUUUCGCUCCCCUCUGGCUAGGUUUGAAAAACACUACCCAAGGGGACACCCACAGAUAUUCAUAAGGCAGUUAUUUAGGAUUGAAGGAGUAAAAAGUGUCUUCUUUGGACCAUAUUUCAUCACUGUCACAAAGGAAAGUGAAGAGUUAGACUGGAAUUUACUGAAACCAGAUAUUUAUGCAACAAUCAUGGACUUUUUUGCAUCUGGCUUACCCUUAGUUACGGAGGAAGUAUCUUCAGCAGAAGCAGGAUCUGAAGAAGAUGAUGAAGUUGUGGCUAUGAUUAAGGAAUUAUUAGAUACUAGAAUACGGCCAACUGUGCAGGAAGAUGGAGGAGAUGUCAUCUAUAAAGGCUUUGAAAAUGGCAUUGUACAGCUGAAACUCCAAGGUUCUUGUACCAGCUGCCCCAGUUCAAUUAUUACACUGAAAAAUGGAAUUCAGAACAUGCUACAGUUUUAUAUUCCAGAAGUAGAAGGAGUAGAACAGGUCAUGGAUGAUGAAUCAGAGGAAAAAGAAGCAAACGCACCUUGAAAUAUUUUAGUUUUCUUUGGGCCCAGCAGUUGGACUUGUCAAUAAUGUAUAUACCAAACUGAAGGAACUUGAGGGUUAAUAAAAUAUGCCCUUCCUUAGAGAAUGAUGUGUGUAUAUCUAUCUAUCUAUCUGUCUGUCUGUCUGUCUGUCUGUCUAUCUAUCUAUCUGUCUGUCUAACACAUGUUUGUUUGACCUCAUAUUAGUUAUUUAUAAUACUCUGAAUCAUCAUCUGUACACGUGGAUUUUAUCCAGAGAUAUUUUUACUUUUGUUCUUCAUUUAUCGUGGUUCCUUCUUUGCAUAAUGUGUGAAACAGUUUAAACUAUUUUCUCCU